AUGUUUCACAGAUUCUCAGCUCUACGUGAUUGGGUGGACUUGUCUCUCAACCAUUCGGUGCCAUCUUCACUGUUGAUUCUUUCAAGAGCUUUCAGUGUAUCUGGUAAAGUGAGACCAGAGGAAGCUGUUCAAGCUACAUUAUCCUCGCUGCCAGAUGAGGUGGUGGAUACGGUUGGAGUCACAGCAUUGCCAUCCGAAGAUUCUGAGGAGGAAGAGAAAGAGGAAGAAGAUCAAGCCAAGAUGAAGGAAUCUGCAGCUAGGCAACCAGAUGUGGCUUUGGAAGAGAUGAUUACUUCGACGCAAAAUGAGGCACGAGAACAGACAAAAGCUAAAACACUGGAUAAACAAGAGCAACUUUGUGAGCUUAGUCGUGCAUUGGCUGUUUUAGCAUCAGCAUCUUCGGUGAGCAGGGAGCGUGAAGAAUUCUUGAGACUUGUCAAUAAGGAG